AUGGGAUUCUCCAAUGACUCAAACUACAACAUUAUAUUGACAGAAACCUUUUGUUAUGAGUUUGUGAGUGGAUCCUGUAAGAAAUUAGCUCGACCCUUGACUCUGCAAUUCCUCAUGUUUUUGCUUAUGGGGUUGAUCAUAGUGAUUACAAUGAGUGGGAACCUUCUGGUCAUUACCUCAAUAGCACACUUUAAGCAGCUGCACACAUCCACAAACUACCUCAUUCUCUCACUGGCGAUGUGUGACUUCCUGUUAGGAGCAUUUGUGAUGCCCUGCAGUGCAGUACGGUCUGUCACAGGCUGUUGGUACCUGGGUGACUUCCUGUGUAAACUUCACACCAGCACCGACAUCACACUGAGCACCGUCUCCAUUUUCCAUCUUUCAUUCAUCUCAGUUGACCGGUACUUUGCCGUCUGCGACCCACUAAUGUACAAGUCCCUCAUCAACUCUGCUGCAGUCCUAAUCAUGCUCACCAUCAGUUGGCUGGUCCCUGCUAUCUUUGCUUAUGGGAUGAUCUUUUCUGGGCUCAAUGUAAAAGGAAGUGAGGAUUUCUACGAGGCACAUGUACAAUGUUUUGGAGGCUGUCCAGUGUUCUUCAGCCGUGCUUCAGCAGCAGUCGCCUCUACGUUCUCCUUUUUCCUUCCCAGCCUGAUCAUACUCAGCAUCUACCUGAAAAUCUAUGUGGUUGCCAGACGUCAGGCUAGGUCUAUUAAAGAUCUGACGCAGCAGUUUCAAGUGCCUAAGAGAAACAAGUCAGGGGUAACUAAGCAUCAAGAAAGAAGAGGAGCAAAAACCCUUGCCAUAGUGGUCGGAGUCUUCCUCAUCUGCUGGACCCCCUUUUUCCUGUGCAACAUCAUUGACCCUUUCAUUGAUUAUUCUAUUCCCAAAGUGUUAGUUGAUGCCAUGGUUUGGUUUGGUUACUUGAAUUCAGCUCUUAACCCUGUGGUUUAUGCUUUCUUAUACACAUGGUUUAGAAAAGCUUUGAAAAUAAUAAUCUGUGGUGAAAUAUUUCACAGGAAUUCAUGUCGGUUGCAGCUUCACUCUGAAUGA